AUUUGCAAUCCUAUUUUUAAGAUGAUCCUCCACUUUCAUUUUACACAGGACUAUAAAACACCAUCUUUAGGGUAGAACUGCAUAGGAGUGAGAAUUUGACACAUACUGUAUGUGUUCAUAAUAUUUUUAUUUGCAUUUAUUCAGGAGGACAAUAUGGAUAGUUUAAAAUUCAGAGAGAAAACGUAUAAUUGAAGAUGACCUUAAAAGCAACCAAAACAUGGUUUUUAAGGCUCCUUCCUGUUGUGCUAUUCUUCAUCUGUUACUAUUGCUCUCAGAUUUACUUUGACAGCUAUGGCAGCAGUGGAAAGUCUCCUAAGACGACUGUUUCUCUGUGUGACAUUAACAGUUCACAGAGGAAGUGGAGCAGUCUCCAUUUGAACACCAGCAGACACCCAGAGCUCUUUCUGAAGUUGGAGGAUUUCUUUUGGAGGGAACAUCUGUCCAAUCACUCGCUGCCCUAUGGUAUUAAAGGCAGUGAGCUCCUGCUUCUGAAGGUCUUGGCAGUGGUCACCAGUUACUCAAUGCCAGGAAACGUUGAGAGUUUAGAUUGCAGGACGUGUGUGGUCAUAGGGAACAGCUUUACAGUUAAAAACAGCUCACUGGGGGAGAUCAUCAACAAAUACAACGUCGUGAUCAGGCUGAACGAUGCCCCAGUCAGAGGCUUCGAGGAGGAUGUGGGAAACAAGACCACCCUGCGUCUGUUUUACCCUGAAUCAGCGUCUUAUAACCCUGGGAAACACAAUGACCCAGACACCCUGCUGGUCCUGGUUCCAUUCAAACAGCAGGACCUCCUCUGGCUCAAAGAGAUCUUAUAUAAUGAAAAGAGGGUCCGAAAGGGUUUUUGGAAGCCUCCUCCUCAGAUUUGGCUCGGCAGAUUCAGUCAGAUCCGUGUGCUGGAUCCAUAUUUCCUUCAUCUAACAGCCAGCAACCUUCUUAAAAUUCCCCUGAACCCACGCCGGCAACAGGUGAGAACCACACGUGGCCAAGCUCCUGGGGAAUCAUGCUCACAGUGA